CAAAUGUAGUUGGAGGGAUAGAUAAUUUAUAUAGACCUAGUGGCUAGUCAAAGAUUGGGUGUAUGAAAUAAGAUAACUUGAACAUCACUUCCUGAUUUUUAUAGAAGAGGAUUUUCUGAUCUAAUAUACUGUAAAUUAGCCAAUCUUCCUGUUCAUACUAUAACAUUAUUGGACUAUUUUCUCUAUUAGAUUGUUGAAAAAAAAAAAAAAAAAAAAAAUGAGUACUAAUAAUAAUAUUGUGCAAGUGAGUGCUUCCUUAUAUGUUGGUGAUUUGGAUCCCGAUGUUACAGAGACUAUGUUAUACGAAAUUUUUAAUAGUGUUGCAGUUGUAUCUUCAGUCCGUAUAUGUCGUGAUGCAUUGACAAGAAGAAGCUUGGGAUAUGCAUAUGUUAACUACAAUAGUGUUGCUGAUGCUGAGAGAGCAUUAGAUACCUUGAAUUUUACUUGUAUUCGUUCACGCCCAUGUAGAAUUAUGUGGUGUUUACGUGAUCCUGCAUCUAGAAGGAACAAUGAAGGUAAUGUAUUUGUGAAGAAUCUCGACAAAUCUAUUGAUAAUAAGACUUUAUUUGAUACAUUUAGUCUAUUUGGUAAUAUUAUGUCUUGCAAAAUUGCAACUGAUUCAGAGGGUAACUCAUUAGGUUAUGGAUUCAUACAUUUUGAACAUCCUGAAAGUGCUAAAGAAGCAAUUGCACGAUUAAAUGGUAUGAUACUUGGUGACAGACCAAUAUAUGUAGGGAAAUUCCAAAGAAAAGCUGAGAGGUUUUCAGAAAAGGAUAAGACUUUUACUAAUGUAUAUGUUAAACAUAUCCCCAAAACAUGGAGUGAGGAAACUCUUCACACAUUAUUUGGAGUAUAUGGUAAGAUUAGCUCUCUUGUUCUCCAAUCAGACUCAAAAGGUAGACCUUUUGGUUUUGUCAAUUUUGAAGAUCCUGAAUCUGCAAAGAAGGCUGUUGCUAAUCUUCAUAAUGCUUUAGUUACACCAUUAGGAGUUGAAUUGAAUAGUAACAAUAGUGAAAGAACGGAAUCUGGUAAAGAUGACGGUUUAUCCUCAAUAUCAUCAAAUACUGAGUCAUCUGAUGAAACUGUCGAAUCAAAUGACUACAAACAAAGAAAUGAUAAGGAAGAUCCACAGGAAGCUGAUGUAGAGAAGAAUUCAGACGAAGAGAAUUCAGUACCUUUUGAUGUCCAACCAAAUAGAUUGUAUGUAUCUAGAGCUCAGAAGAGAAAUGAGAGACAAGUUGUUUUAAAAUCACAGCAUGAGGCCGCACGUGAAAGUCAGAAUAGGUACCAAGGAGUAAAUCUAUAUGUCAAGAAUUUAUCAGAAUCAAUGACAGAGUCUGAUCUGAGAUCAUUAUUUGAGCCAUACGGUACAAUAUCUUCUGUUAGUAUUAAGACUGAUGAAUCUGGUAUCUCUAGAGGUUUUGGAUUCGUCUCAUUUUUAUCUCCAGAUGAGGCUACAAAAGCUAUAACUGAGAUGCACCUUAAAUUAGUAAGAGGUAAACCACUGUAUGUUGGAUUACAUGAACGUAAAGAACAACGUGCUCUAAGACUCCAACAGAGAAUUCGUGGAGGUACAGUACCACCAGUACUAAGACCUGGCACAAUCCCUCCUGGUCCACCUACUGCAGUUCAUGGAGCUCCAAUGCAAUUUGGAGCUCCUCCUCAGAUGUAUUUUAUUCCAGGUAACCCUGCUGUUGCAGCUACUGCAGGUAUGCAACAUAAUCGUACUCCUAUGGUUGGUUCUUUCCCAAAUCAAGGUGUAAUGGCAAGUCCAUGGCGUCCAAAUCCAACACGUAUACCAUAUGGGACGGGAGCAUUACCUCCUCAAAUGACAGCUCAAUCUGUCGGUUAUAAUCCUGGUGUAAAUGGAAUUCCAUCUAAUAAUGGAUCUAUUCCUCAAACAGGACCACAGUCUGUUAAUCCAGCUCAAAAUAUCCGUACAGGAGGUAAUAGUCAACGUAUUCAUAAUAGGCAUAUGCAAGGACAAGGUGGAAGUCGCCCUACACAUGGACACCAAGUGCAAAUACCUAAACAAAGUUUCAAGUUCCCAUCUCACAUAAAGACAUCUGAUCAACCACGUGUUGAUAUGAUCCCAGGUGGCUUAGUUAAUAUGGAUCCCUCAGGGAUAUCUUCGGUACCUAUGAUCCCACAAAGUGAUAUUCCUUUAACUGCCAGUACUUUAGCUACUGCAUCUCCAAGUAUGCAGAAACAGCUUUUGGGUGAACGUUUGUUCCCAAUUAUAGCUCAAUAUCAGCCAGAAUUGGCUGGGAAGAUUACUGGUAUGAUGCUAGAAAUGGAUAAUAAUGAGCUUCUUGAAAUUCUCAAUUCAGAUGCUGAAAUAAAGAACAAAGUAGAUGAAGCUAUGAUUGUUCUUGAACGCGCUCAAUAAGUGACUUCAUUUUAAGUCCAAUAAGAUAGUACACUGGUUACUAUUAUUCCAAAGGCGAAUACUAUCUUUUAACAGAAGUAGUGGCUGUAGAAAUUUCUGAAUAAGUUCUCUUCAUAGUAGCUUAUUACUUUUGUGGGAUGACACAAACAAAUGUAGAUACUAUUAAUGUCUAGUAUGAUAUAAAUAUUCGUUUCUAAAUAGUAUCACUUUCGUUUUGAUUACCUUUCAAGAUCAUCUAAUUACAACUAUGUCCACUUAUGCUUAUAGAUUCAUGUAGAUUGCAUGCAUUUGUAGGGGCGCGGAUUACACGUCAGUAAAUUAGUACCAC